GGGAUUUCUUUUUUCACCCCCGCGUCCCCCUAAAGCCGCGCACCAAAGGUCCCUGUUGCCUAGGGUGUCACUGUUGCGCGUAGCCGUUGCCGCCUUCAAGGUCCCGCGCUUGCCCCGCAAUCUUGAAGGUCCCUACAGCUCGGGGCAGGCCUCCAGCAGCUGCGGGUGUGGCUGCACUUCCCGGCGGUCGCCGCGGCAUCGGGGCGGCCUGGCCGCGCCCCGGGCCCUGGGGUCCGUCCCUCGGGGGGGGACGGGUUGGGCCGCGGGCUCCGCCGGCCAGCGGCGGUGGGGCAGCGGCGAGCCUCGCCCAAUCGUGCUUUUCCAUAUGGCGGCAGGCUAGAUAGCGAGAGAAAGAUCGAUGUGGCCCGUGCUGCCUGCAUGGAAGCAGUUUUUGGUCAGAGAGCGCGACGGCUCGACCCGUCCAGGUUCCGUCGCGCUGCGGCGAAGCAGCGAGAUCCGAAGACUGCUGCGAGGAGGCCUGGUGAUUCCGCGCUGGCAUGGCAGUCCGCGGGAGCGGGGGUUCGGCAGAAAGCGGUCGCAAGGCUCAGGGCGACCUUGGCUUUUCUGGUGAAUGCCUUCGCCGCGACUGUGUACAACACACCUACGAUAUGUAUGAGCCCCCAGGUGGCCAACACUUCUCUAGAGACAAGAGGCCGUAUCGGUGACGUUUGUGAGUCUCUGUUGUGUCCACUGCGCGCGAGUUCGCCGCUCGCCACCUCUGUCUGUAGCCAUCCUUAUACAUGUGAGUUCUCUGAUGACCAUCUCUUCAUGGCGCCGUAGCUUUGACGAGGUGGCACCCGCUGCGCGCCGGGGCCAACGCCGCAGGCCACCAGACGAGAGUGGCGCACGUGCAUUUCCAGCAGCAGCGCUGCACUCGGGGAUGCGGUCCGGGGGCCCCCUCGCCGAGGGCUCGCGGGGCUUCGGCCCCUCCUGGUCCGGGGACGUUGGCUCUCACCGAUCCACAUGGGCACUCGGGCACGGAACGGGGGAGGAGGCGGCGCACGGCUUCGGCGCCCACGUCCGCCGCGCCCCGCGCAUGUGGCGGCGCGCCCUUUUUGCGUGAGAAA